AUGGCGAAGUGUUGGUGGGUGGUAGUUGCCGGCGCAUGGCGGGCAAGUGUUCUUCGGCCGCCUACUCCAGCAGGCAGUACGAGGAACGACCGGCAUUCGUCACUGCUACAGCUCGCAGCUUGGGGCGUGCCCGCAGCACUAGCCGCUGCUGUACUGGUUACGAGAGAUGUGGACGCAGAUGAACUUACUGGUACAUGCUUUGUGGGUAACCAGUCUAGCAAGUCAUUACUGGCUCUGGUUAUAGUUCCUGAGGCAAUUUGUUUGCUACUUGGCUGCGUGUUCUUGUCAUCUGGUUUCCGAGCGGUUCUUCGACGUCCUACACCUGUGCCAGCACCAGCAGUUCUCCUCAAUUCACCGCCUCAGCCCCACACUGAUCAAAGUGUGCUGCGACUGGGUGCAUUUGCUGCUUUAUAUGCUGUACCAUCCGCGUGCAUACUCGCUACAUGGGUCUACGAAUAUGCAUGGAGAGAUGAGUGGCUCGCUGCACCAGUACCUUCAACGAAACCUUCGACUCACCCGUUACCACCGUUUUGGGUAUUUCUAUUCCGCAUAUUCGCAACACAAAUCCUUGGUGUAAUGGUUGCGGUAUGGAUUGCUACUCCGAGGUUAAAGGCUCUGUGGAGAAGGAUCACCGGACCAAGAAAGCCGCCGAUAGCGAAAGUAUCUACAGGACCGCCCCCAACACCGCUAACACUACACUGUUAUGCGACGCAUCCGCACAGUUUAACGCGACAUCCACACAAAUAUGCUACAUAUAGACCUCCGCAACAACAUUCGUAUAGAAAGCCAAGGCACUACCACUACUCAGCCGGUGAAACUAUUCUCUGA